AUGGCUCCAACAAAAGGUCAUGAUCUGGAAUUCUAUUGCGACAUAUCCUGCCCCUUCGCAUACAUAGCCUCAACAAAAAUCGAAGCCCUCGCCGCCCGCACAAACGCCACCCUCCACUGGAAACCCGUCCUGCUAGGCGCCAUCUACCGCGCCACAAACGCUCCUCAAGGAGCCGCAGGCUCGGCUUCAGAUGUCUUCAACCCCACGAAGAAAGCCAUCUCGUCUCGGGCUUUCCAGAGGACCAUCAAACGGGUUGGGAUUCCCUACAGCGAGCCACCUCAACAUCCGCAGAAAACGACCGCGGCGUUGCGGCUGUUGUAUUUUGUUGAUGGAGCGGAUAGACCGGCGCUGACGCAUGCUCUGUAUCGAGCGUAUUGGGUCGAGGGGAAGAAUGUGAGUGAUAAAAAUGUUUUGAUCACCGCUGUGCGGGGGGCGGGGAUUUCCGGCGCGAAUGAAGUUGUAAGGGCGAUUGAGAAUGGAUCUUUUGAGGGGAACAAACAGCGAAGGGAUCUUGAGGUCUCGACGGAUCUGGCGGUGAAGCGUGGCUCGCCCGGUGUGCCUGGGUUUUGGGUUCCGGAGGAAGUGUGGUUUGAUAAGAAAGGGGCGAGGAAGGAGGGAAGACUGUACUGGGGCCAGGAUCGGAUGCAUAUCAUUGAGGCUGUGCUUGUUGCGCUGAAUGAGGGUAGAAAUGGAGAUAGUCUCGGGAAAAUCUCGACAGAUCUGGGGACUUUGUUGCCGAAGUGUACGAGAGGAGGAAUUCCAGACGGUGAAGAGGUGAAGCUUGAGUUCUGGUAUGAUUUCAGUAGUCCAUGGGCUUUCUUGGGGUGGACACAGUUGCAGAGGCUGAGGAGGCAGUUUGGGGAGAGGCUAGAGAUUGUGAUGAAGCCCUUUCUGUUGGGGAUCUUGUUUCGGGAGAUCGGUGCGCCGAACACGCCGUCCACUGCGGUAUCAGUGCAGAAACUAAACUACUCAAACCUUGACCACAGCGACUGGGUGAGGUGGUGGAAUGCAGUCAACGAGCAGAACGGCCGUCCCGAUCAGCCCAUUGACUUCUACUGGGCCGACAUCUUUCCCAUUCGCACGCCCACAGUCCUACGAGCAGCCAUCGCCGAGCCAGCUCUUGUCGCUCCAUUGUACCGCGCCUGCUGGGAACGCAACCUCAACAUGUCCUCCGACGAAGUUCUUGCCCAAGUCAUCACCGAAGCCGGUCACGACGCCAAAGCUAUACUCUCGAAAGCCAACUCCGAUGCUGUCAAGAAGGAUCUUCGAGCGAGGACCGCGGAGGCGAAGGAGGCGGGUUUGUGUGGUGUACCGACGUAUCGCGUGUUUCGAAGGAAGGCAGGUUCGGUGGAGGAGUGGCGACAGACUGGUGAUUUGGUUUGGGGUCAGGAUGAGGUCUCGGUUGUGGAGGAUCUUAUUGCUAGAUGGGAUGGUAGUGGGGUUGCGAAGGUUGGAGAGGAGGUUGGGAGGAGUAAACUCUAG